GCGGGGAGAGGCCCCGAGCCGGAGUUGGGCGAGCCGGGCGCGCGGCCCAGACAGGAAUCUUGCCCAUUUCUCAGAUGGGCACCCAGAAGCCCUACGCCAGGAAGUGACCUGCCCGCUGCCAGUGCCACCACCCCCACAUAGCUGAUCUCCACGGCCGACCCCGCUUCCUGCCGCUCAUGCCGCUGGGACUGGGGCGGCGGAAGAAGGCCCCGCCUCUGGUGGAGAAUGAGGAGGCCGAGCCGGGCCGCGGCGGGUUGGGUGCGGAGCCGGGGUCCCUGGGCGGCCUGGGGGCCGGGGGACCCCACCCGGGCCUGCCCCCGCCGCCCGCCGCCCUGCGGCCCCGCCUCGUGUUCCACACCCAGCUGGCCCACGGCAGCCCCACCGGCCGCAUCGAGGGCUUCACCAACGUCAAGGAGCUGUACGGCAAGAUCGCAGAGGCCUUCCGCCUGCCGGCCGCUGAGGUGAUGUUCUGCACGCUCAACACCCACAAGGUGGACAUGGACAAGCUCCUCGGGGGCCAGAUCGGCCUGGAGGACUUCAUCUUUGCCCACAUCAAGGGGCAGCGCAAGGAGGUGGAGGUGUUCAAGUCAGAGGACGCGCUGGGGCUGACCAUCACGGACAACGGGGCGGGCUACGCCUUCAUCAAGCGCAUCAAGGAGGGCAGCGUGAUUGACCACAUGCAGCUCAUCAGCGUGGGCGACAUGAUCGAGGCCAUCAACGGGCAGAGCCUGCUGGGCUGCCGGCACUACGAGGUGGCCCGGCUGCUCAAGGAGCUGCCCCGAGGCCGCACCUUCACGCUCAAGCUCACGGAGCCCCGCAAGGCCUUUGACAUGAUCGGCCAGCGAUCCGCAGGUGGCCGCCCCGGCUCCGGCCCCCAGUUAGGCACUGGCCGAGGGACCCUCAGGCUGCGGUCCCGGGGUCCCGCCACGGUGGAGGACCUGCCUUCGGCCUUCGAGGAGAAAGCCAUCGGGAAGGUGGAUGACCUGCUGGAGAGCUACAUGGGCAUCCGGGACACGGAGCUGGCGGCCACCAUGGUGGAGCUGGGGAAGGACAAGAGAAACCCUGACGAGCUGGCCGAGGCCCUGGACGAGCGGCUUGGGGACUUUGCCUUCCCGGACGAGUUCGUCUUUGACGUCUGGGGUGCCAUUGGGGAUGCCAAGGUUGGCCGCUACUAGAAGUUCCGAGAACUCCUCCCCACGCUCCCUGGGGGUGGCCACGUGUGGUGGGGGGCCGGGCCUCCAGACCCCAGCAUCCGGCUUAGGCCAAGCUGAGCGGCUGGCUGGCGGAGAGGGGGGUCCCCCGGGGAGGUGGGGUGAGGAAAGGACGAGCCCUGACAUCCCCUACCACCGUAGUCGGUACCACCCGCCCCGCCACCUACCUCAGCAGGCAGGGGUCAGGCACAGGAGAGGACGGGGGACGGGCCACGUGGGGCUCACGGCCUGUU